AUAUUGCUCCUCCCCCACCAACUUUUAGUCUUCUUCGUCAUUAUGUUACUUUAAUCAACCAUUAAUUCUCUCAUUUUUAUUCUUCAAUUUUGGAUUUUAAUCUUAUAAACCCACCAAAACUUAAACAAGUUGUUGCUUAAAAAUGGGAUGUUGUUUGAGCAAGAAGGACCCAUGUUCAAAAUCUGUACUAUCUAAUUCCCAAAUCCAACAAAAUGAUCCAAAAAAUACUCAAAACCUCACUGUUCCUGUGAAAUUGGAGCAGGCUAAGACUCAAGUAGCGACAGCAUUGGAGACUAAACCGGAGCCGAAAGCGGAGCAGGAGAGAGAAAGUGAAGGAAGUGAGACAUAUUCAAAGAAGAAGAAGGAGGUUUUUGUUAUACAACACCGGAAAAGCAAUGACAGGCGUCCCGCCGGCCCGGAUUCGGAUGGGUCGGCAUCCAUUACAACGGAAUCGAGCGAGCCGAGUCGAGAAACCGAAGAGAUUGGGAGAAAUAUACUGGCAGCUGCAGCGAGUGGGCAGGUUGUUAGGACUUCUAGUUGUACUAAGGAAGAAGUGGAUGCUAUUUUAAUUCAAUGUGGUAGGCUGAGUAGGAGUUCUUCCGGGAAAGGGGUUGUGAAUGCUGGGCAUGGAAGGAGGUAUUCGGGGUCGAAGCGGAGUUUUGAUUUCGAUAGAGAGAAUGAUAGUGUAGAUGAGUCAAAGAGGAAAGGGAAUGGGAAUGAGGAAUUGAUUGAGGGGUUGAACAAUGAUGAGGAUGAGAGGUCGAGGAGGCGGCAUUCCAGAGGGUCGAAUCGGAGGAGGACGACGCCGAGUAGGAGUAGGGAGAGGGAGCAGCAACAACAGCAGCAGCAAAGGUCAGGGAGUAGAGAGAGGUCGCAGAGUAAUGGAAGAAGGGUUAGUAGGUCUCCUGGAAGAAGAUCAGAGAGUCCUAUGACUCACAGUAAUGGGAAUGUGAAUGGGAGUGUUAGGCCUGGGAAACUGGUGUCUGUACCUGCAACUGUGACUUCACUGUCAGUGGAAAAAGGCAGUAAUGGGAAUGCAGGAGAUGGGGGGAAUGGGAAUGGGAAUGUGAAAAGGGUUUUGGUGAAGAGGAAUGUGGGUUCGCCGCGGUCUCAGUCACCUGCAAGGGCUCAUUCUCCUGUAAGAGGGGUCAACCAAGGGAAUGGGAAUGGUCAGCAACAGCAGCAGCCGGUGGCGGUGUCGUUGAGUCGGAAUGGAUCAAGGAAAGCUGAACAUUCUCCGUAUAGAAGAACCCCUUUGAAUGAGAUUGACAUUAAUUCCCUUCCAUUUCAUCCUCUUUCUAACAAGAGGGCAGUCACUAAAGGGAAAGAGAUUGAGGAGGAUGUUGUGGUUGUUAAGCAGCCUAUUAAUUCUGGAUUUCAGCAGAAUAAAUAUGCAGAGACAAACAAUAUAAAAGUAUCUGGCCAAGGGUCUCAUAGAAGAAGUAGCAGUAGAGGGGCUGACGGCUAUGAGGUUACAAAAACAAAUUACUGCAGAGUGAAUGAGAUUCCAACUCCUAAUGUUGAGCAAAUGAGUGAGGGUAAGGGAGGGCAAUUAGAUGCAAGUGAGUAUGAUGCAAUGUUAGCUCCAGUUGAGACUCUGAAAAUACCCCAAACAUUGAUGAGAAGUAGGUCUGCAAGGCGAUCACGAGACCUUGACAUCAGUGUUGAGGCACUUUUAGCCCCGGCUAAUGACUAUAACUCUCUACUCCUUCAAGACAUUCAGAAUUUCCAUCAGAAGAAAAGUUCAAAUGCAAAUGCUGUGAAUUCUAACAUUGAUGUUCCUUUGACACUCCCACCAUGUGUCAGCAAAGCAUGCUCAAUCGUUGAAGCUGUGGCAGAUCUCAACUCCAUGACCGGGUCAGGGUCUGAUGACAGGCGAAAAACCCCAAGGGAAACCAACUUCUCUUUGAAAACUAAUGGUAACAAGAGGGCAGUAGAGUCUAAAGACCCCUUUGUUGAAUCUGAAGUGAAAGUUGGUGAUGAUUUAAUGGAACCCAGUUUACACAAGUAUGUUACAGUAAGGAUGAAAGGUGGAGAUUUUGAUGAUGAGGAAUCUUCUGGUAGUAAUAGUUAUGUGGGUGGAAGUCAGCAUAAUUGGGUUUCUUCUUCAAGUUGGGAACCAACAUCAGCUGAUUCCACUGAUUGUUGGACUUCAAAGUCUUACAGUCGAGAUGAGUUGAGUCCUGUUGUUGGAUUUCAGAGACACGCAAUAUCUGAAUAUGCUGGUGUGAUCAAUGAGGAAUCUGAGAGGAAAUUCAGCAAAGGAGGAUCAGCUCGUGUUAGGACAAUUGCCGGUAAAGGUCCUAUUCCAUCAACAUCGAAAGCAGCUGCUGCCUCAAUGUAAAUUGUUCCCAAAAAAUUCAGUGUUUUUGCUUUAGUUUCACUCUAGGACAAAGAUUAUUAUGUCUGUUAAGUAGUUGCAUACUUUGCAACUCUUUUUUUUUUUUCUUUCCCUUUUAGCCUCUCUUGAAGAUUGUUUAGAGAAGAUUUUCCUCUACGGUAUGGCUUUUAUCGGGUUAUUUUGAAUAUGUCAAUGUCCCGAAUAAAUUAUGUCUAAAUACAAGAAUGAACCAAAAAGUUCCCAAAGA